AUGGGUCUUUUGGAGGAUAAGAUUAAUGGCAGCCCCCAGAAGCUAAACUUGGAUGGACCAGGUGCGAUGGAAGCUGAGCAGACUGCAACGGAAGAUAUCGGGAUAGUUAACAGCGCGUUCAGCCUGUUCGAAGAAGAACCUUUGACCCGUUCUGCUAGCUCCGUGUCUCAAUGCCUCAGGUAUCAGCAAAAAAAGAAGCUCCAGCCACUAUCUUCACUCCCAACAGUGUUACAGCCUGAACUGGCUAUAACUUUUAUCAGCGGAGAUGAUGAUGAGGAAGAAGAGUUGUUGUUUGACGAUGAGACUCAAGCACCUUCCAUAAACUUGAUUCCAGCUACGCCCUCCGAUGUGGUGGAGGAUGAGCAGUUUUUUGACGUGACAUUGGAAGACGUUGUAGCAGAGAUUACGGAUAAUGAUGGAAAAGAGGACUGUCAAGAAGAGGUGAAAGAUGUUGAACCAAUAGAAGGAGGGACAAUGACACAGAACAGAGAGAAUGGCGGUGAAACUGAAGAGUGUGAAGAAGAGGAUAAGGUUAAGGAGCUGGAUGAAAAGAAAAAGGUUGUGGUGGUGACCAAAGAGGAGAAGAAGAAGCCGAAGCCCAGGUUACUGAGAAGUGGAUACUUGAUGACUCAACUUCCUGUGUUCACACAAACAACCAUUGUGAGUGUAUUCCCAGAGCAUGGCUGGGCAGGCGGUUCCCAGGUUUUGGGUUCCUAUGACCUGAGCCAAACUGAUCCGAGCUGUCCUGAAAUGCUUAAGUCGGAAUUUUGCAGAUUUCGUCAAAGUUCCAAGAUGGACGUUUUCACUCAACCACGGAGGCCGAUCACUCGCUCUCGCAGCUUCGGGGAUAUGUUGUGCAAAAGCCCCAGUCUCCAGAUGUUUGCACAAAUCAUAGAGAAACCCCGCGAGCUCAAGUCCCCACGGCAAAGGCGAGUAACUGUUGGCGAGGCAGCGUCCUAUCUGCCUCUGAGCGCCCUCAAUGGAAACUACAGUGAGAAGAACAUGAAAAUAAACAUGGCCAAAACUCUACGGGAGAUGAACACGGAGGAAGUCUGCCAGUGGUUCACCAGUAUCGGACUCCAGAAAUGCCUCCCUUUAAUCAGAGAGGCCCAGUUGUGUGGAGAGGACCUGGCUUCUAUUAACAUGAACAUCCUGGAGUCACUGCAGAUCACCACGAUGGAGGACAGAGAGCACCUACUGUCCGCCAUCUUUAAUGAGCUCGACAAUCCAAGCAACAUCAGCCAGAAGAUCAACAACGCUUUUGAUCCUUUGCGGUCCAAUAAUGGCCCCCUACACUCUGCUUCUUUUCCCUCAAUGAGCAAAUCAACCUCGUCACCCCAUCUGAGCUGUCUGACCAGGAAUCGCAGAUCUCUAAAACUAAAGAACAACACUCAAACUUACACGGUGCAAAGAAACUCCCAGUUCAUAGAGAUUGCCAUAAAUGUUUCACAGCAGAUAGUUCACCUGAGAACGCCAAAGGAAACCACUGUGGGAAAGAUCGUGGACUCGUGUCUCAAGAUGGUGGGAAUGACAGAGGACAGGAGCCUGUUCAGCAUCAAACAUACAGAAGGUUCAUCUGAGGAGCUCUCACCAGAUCGACAGGUUGGAAGUCUCCCAGGAGCAGAUAACAGGCAACUGGAGCUGCAUUUAUGUAAACUGGACAAACCUAAAGUCCCCCCAAGACACCAUCCAGACUCAAGCAGCAUGAACUGCCAUCAAGCCCUCACACCUCUUCAAGUAAACCAACCUGAGAAAGACGUGAGGAUCAAGGAGCUAAACCAACAAGUCGAUUCACUUCAAAAUGUUAUUCUGCAGGUACAGGAAUCAUUGUGGUGUUGCAACACAUGA